CAAACAACAAAUUACAUAGACGACGCGGCGCUAUUCGAUCGUGCGGCCACAGCGUGGCUAGCAAUUUAUGGCUGGGAUAUACAUGAGCUUCCAACUUGAUUCCUCCUUAUCCAUUCGAACGGGCUUGGUUCAGUGCAAUCGAGUUCCAUACUUGCAGGCUACAAGCGAUUUCCAAAUACAAGAUUACAAGUCCUUCGGGCCUCCAUCCAUCCUUCUCAUUUUCUGUGGAGUUUCUUCAUCCAUUGUGCUACCCGUCACACGCAACUUAAACCCACGAGAGUAUCCCUUUCUAAUCACCUAAGCCGUGGGUUACAGAGGGGAAGCCGCCGCUCCUGGAGGAGAAGUUAUGGAUUGAGGUCAUUUCUCGUCUAUCAUCAAAAUUGUCUCGAUUUGCUUCCCCCGGUAGACUGAUACAUAAGCCAUCAGAAGUGCAGCCUCCUUGUCAAGAAAUUACUUCCAUCGCUCUCAUUCAGUCGCGCUUUGUGUCAUAAAACAAUGUCUACCUUCUAAUGCCGGACUCAAUGGAAAUCGAUAAACUGAUUGAAGAGGUGGAUGAAUUAUGGAAGUCCCACAAGAAGAUGGUGGACGAGCAAGACGAGGCCCAAGAGAUCAAUGUUAUGGAGCUGGAUGCAUUGUAAUCCAAUUGUAUUACCAUUCUUUCGAUUUACUAGCUCGUCGAGUAAAACUAAUUAGUGUGGACUUAGCGAGGUAGCCCAAUAGAUACCCUCGUGCCCAGAUACAAGAAGACGCAUGACAGUUACACAGUUGGAAGCAAGACCUCCCAGGAGAGUGUCUUAGUGGCCCUGCGGUAGUAUAUACUACAUCAUGCAUCAUCUACCUAAAGUAGACGGAUGUGCUACGAUGCGCCGCACAGACUUGCCUCAAUUAACGUAGAGCCUUCGCUCUGUCUCGUAUGAUCUAUCUAUCGCGCAUUGACCGUCUCCGCAGUAAGAAAAAAAAAGGCUUGCUGCAUUUCAAUAGACUUGUAACUAGUAGAAGUGAGUCUCUUUUUUUAUAUCUUGGUCUAGUUUGGUCUCCCAAAAUUCUUUCCGAACCCACGCUAAUUCCCGCGACGAUCAAGUUCUGGCUGCGUUGGAAAAAUUAAGGCUACCUACGCUACUGCAGUUGCAUCCAUUUUGACUAUCAUGCUCAUACCCUACAUCUUUUUUGCUUCUCGGAAGGAAAGACUCAGGAUCAUGGGCGCGUAACCUAAAGAUGCGACUGUGGUAGCAAACUCUAAAAAUCGGAGAGAAGCAGAUGCAAAAAGCGGAGAAGGUUCCUCAUUCAAUGUGUUACACAGACUGACUUUAUCAUGCAUCUUCAUUCAUCUAGUGAGGCAGUUUCAUGCUCUUACUCUUUGAUGCGCAACUUGCUCUAUCCUGCAACUUCUAGUCGUCUCAUCUGUCAGCUUUUUUGAUGUACGUUGAGUCACUAGGUUGUUGGUAAAAAAUGCAUUGCCCUCCUGGUCCUGAUAUUGAUUCUCGCUACUUCAACAACGACGGGCGAAUUCAUGAUCUGACUUCGGUGAAUGCGUGACUUACUCUCAUUUCCCCGGCAAUGCGAUUAAAAAGCAAAAAAGACAAGCACGCAGCCAUCAGAUGGCAGCUUGCAUUGACUUGUGGCUUGGGACUGGAUGAGGCUUGCUCAUGCUUACUGGACCUUCAGGGGGCUUGGCGGAGCUUGGGGCUUGUUCACAUCAGAUUCAUUUGCGUCGAACUUUCAUCAUCGUUUCUUUCAUCAAACUUUUAUCAACCUUUCUUCUCCAGGUUGGCGCCGUAGCAAAGAAGAAGUUGAAGAAGAAAAACCAGGCGCAAGCAAUGAUGGACGACUUUUUCGGUCCUCUGGAAAAUGGUGCAGAAGAGGCAGGCGACAACGAAGACGACGUUAAGCUUACCCUAAUCCUUCUUCGGAGGCUUUGCAGGCCUGUUCCAUGAAAAACUUGAUGCCUAUUAGGCCUCAGCUUUUUCAUGAUGUUCAGCUUCAGUCUCACUCUAUCAUCGAUCACACUCUAACGUCAGCAAUGCCACUCUGUUGCCACAAGCGGGAGGCAGAGUCUUGCCCAAAAAGCGCAGCAGACAGGCCAGCAACAUCACUUACGCGAUUUAACAUAAGUUCGCCCUCUACCCAGUAUUGUUGACCAUGGUGAAUGAGUGAAUUACUCUUGAAUAAACAGUAGCUGGCUCUGUGCGUAGUAGUAAGUAAGUAUGACCAUCUUGGACGCCCACGAUUGUCGGCUAUCGACACAACAGUUGUUGGCUAUAGUUAUGGAGCCCAAAACCUCUCUCAUUCUCAAAUCAUCGAAAAAAUUUUCAGUCCACUCACCAUAGUCGCCACGCACCAGCGGACUUUGCUAGCUACUUUGGAAAGCGGCGAGCAAGGUGCAGCGGUCAUAAGUAGGGGCACAAGUGGAGGCAAGGGCGCUGGGUCAUGUCGGGCCAGAGAUGUGCACUCGAAGACGCGGCGCCCAGACGCGGGUGGCGUGCCUCUGUGAUUUGGGACGCCGUCGCCUGCUUCUAUUUUCAGGGAAGUUCUGCUACGCAAGUACCAGCACACACUCGGAACCGGGUGUCGCGCUGGGUGCAGCUUUGCUCCCUGCUUAUCUUGCGCCUGCGUUGUUUCGUUGCGUUUGCUCUUACACUGGGGCCAAGGGCUCACCUUGUGGCACAGCAGGGAGCAAGCUGCCAUCUGUGUCAGCAGCUGGCGCGGUAAGAACCCACCAGCACCAACAGCCAGCCCGCCAGUUUCUUCGACUCCAGCCGCGUCACAUGCCGCGGCCUCUGCUGGAUCUGCAUAGAGCCGCGGAACCCUCUCGGUGGCUGAAUGGCGCAAGACCAGGAGCACAGGCAGCCCAAGGCGAGCCACUCACGCUCCCACACAAUACGCACCAAUCUGCCACUUCUAAGCCAUCUGGGUGAGGCGGUAAGCUGUGCGGUGGCAACGCCACGCACCUGCUGAGUUUUUGCCGCUGGUCUUGAAGGCUGCCUGGUUCGGUCUGCCGGCUCCUUGGCUUGGGCCCUUGGCUCUCGACGAAGUCAACGGCAAAGAAAUCGACUUGAGAACGCUGGGCUCGCACGGUAUGGCUGACGAAGGCAACACCUGCAGCCAACCUGCCCGGCAUGAUGAGGGCAGCCCACGAAACAGGCAAAAAAGUGAGACUUAUCGGCCAUACAGUGGGGCCAAGCUUUCUGGGGCUUGCCUUCUUGCGCGUUCUCAACCCCAGAUCGGCGACCCCAACCGAAGAGGCAAAGGCGCGGAGUUGAGAACGGCAGAAGGUGGCCAUGGAUGGCGCCCUUUCUCGCAUAGUAUGACGCUCCAAAAGGGUGCCAAAAGUGUCGACUUCUACUGGAAAAGUGAGACUUGGGGUCCAAAAUGCGACAAGGUCUGACGGCUGAACGCACUAGAAACAAGCCCCAGACCUCUCUCCAGCGUUUCCAAGGUCGCGGGUCUUGCCUCGCGUUUCCCAUCUCGGUCGACCAGCGACCAAGGCUCUGCCAGCUUGAACCGCCUAGCGAGGCUGCGGCCAUAUGGACCACAGAACAGCCCGCGGGCAAGGUUGCUACCACUAAAAUCCCGAGGGGUAGCCUGGCGGCGGGUCGCGCCAGUUCCUUGCCCAGGUGGUUCCGCAAUCGGUGGCGCAACUUGAGCAAACACACGGACAAGAGGACGGCCGCGGGCGGUAGGCUAGGCAACAUGGGAAACGGCCUAGAUGUUUUUCCAGUUUUCAACUGUUGCGGCCACAGCCAAAGAUGGCAGACUAUUCGUGGCGGAGUCACAUCGCCGGAAGCUGCGGGCGAGGCGGCGAGGCAGGGCGGCUGCGGUCAGUAGGUUGGCCUUGGGGAGAAGCUGGCCCAUUUGUGAGGCGGGGGCAGCCGGGGCGGGGGCUUAAGCCCCUGGAGUUGGCUAGUUAGCUUCUCUCUUUCAGUCGCUAGCCAUCCAGUAACUUCAAAAAUUUUCGCUAAUAUGAGAAUGAGAGAGGUUUUCGGUUCCAUAAUAGUUAUCGACGUCUUAUCUCUAAUGCGGCGCUGGUGUUACCAUGGAAACGGAUCAGGAGAGUGAACCUGGUGCCAGCAGUUCAUCUGUCGCAGCCGCGCGAUCUACUGCAACCUUCUCGGGUGCGAGUCCUAAUGAGCCUGUGGAUGCGGCGCCUGCCUUAUGUCUCGGAUUCACUAAGCGACCUCUGUUGAGUCAGGUCCCCGAAGACUAACCUUACUUCUUGUUCUUGCUAGUAUACUUUAUCUACCUGCUUUUAUUCUAUAUUGAAAGAGCGAGGAGCAAGACCAAGGCUAAUUAUACGAAUCUCCCUCACAAUGAUGACUAGAGGCGCAGGCAUUUGUAGACUGAGUAUCUACGCAUCUAGUUGCACUUACAUACUUUUCUUCAAAUUUUCAUGUCUAUGAGAUUAUAUUUGCUUUACUUUAUAUUUCCUACAACUUACGACUCUUAGUUAGAGCUGUCAUGUAAAGUGCAUACUAGCUUUUGCUUUUUUCAUUAAUAUGAGGCUACAUCUACAUGACUCGGCAUAGAUUCUAGUACAGCUAGUUUAUUAAAAAUUUUUGCUAAUUCGCGCUCCCGC